CUGGAGAGUACAUCAUAGUAACGAUGGCGGCGAAGGAGGACCGGCGGCGGGUGUUCUUGUUGCCACAGCGCAUGCCGUUUGUCAGUGGCAUGACUAAUCGCUACGACGAUGAGUUCCCAAUGGAGCUGGAAGGAAUGGUGCCGGAAGCGCACUUCGCCCAAGCUAUCAACCAAAUCAACAACACCCUCACAGACUAUUGGCCAUGCUUCUUCUGCGUGUGCUGUGGCUACCUAUGCUGCAUCUGUACGGGCGGGUUGUCCUUACUGUGCCCCUACAUGUGCAUCAGUGACGCCGAGCAAUACACCCGUACGCUGAUCGACCGCAUUAACAUUCGACCUUGCUUCAAGGAUGCAGACAUUCAGUGGAAACUUGUCAAGAGAUGCUGUCGAUCCUGGGUUGAGAUAUCUAUUCCCGUGAAACCCCAAACACACGAUCCUGUGGUGGGAGCGUACCAGACGGUACUGGCAGUGCCCAUUGCCGCCACAUCCGCCAACAGCAAGCUCUAUGGAAGUUCCGAAGCGGUGGUUUAAAGUGUCAUGUGAUGUGUCUUGAUAAUGUAUCAGUACUAUGCUUUCCUGAGAUUCGCGAAUCGUUU